GCGCCGUGAGAGCUAGAAGCGGCAAGUGGACAAGUAGAUGAGGCGAGAGAAAUAGAAGGACAAGAAAAGAGGUGCAUCAGUCGAGGCCACACUGUGCGUGCGAGCUGCCUGCGCGUCAGAUCCUUCGGCGUUCGCUUCGCACGAUGCCUACGACGCUCGCAGCGGAUCUCCGCCACCCAGAGCCAACAAUUGACUCUGGUUCGCUCCUCCCACGGAUGGUUCGCAUGCCGUUCAAGAGGUCUAUUCCAUGCACUGCGCGCGCGCGCCAGAUUGGCUUGCGCGCGGACCGCCAGCGAGGAUGCAAAGCAGCAAGAACACAAUACACAAGGCUGGCGUCAAGCGGAGAGGGACAAAGACGACGAUGGGGAGGGGAGGAGGAGGAGGAGGAGGAGGAGGAGGAGGAGGAAGCAGGAGCAGGAGAGCAAAAGGAGGAGAAGAAUCGAGACCAUCAGAAGCAACUGAGAAUGAAAAACCAGUGCCAGGUAAAAGGGGUCGACCCGAAACUUCUCCGCUCGAGUCCCAAUGGAGGGCCUGGCAGACCCCGAUGGGCCUGUGCAGGGAGGGCAGCCGGCGCCCCGAAGGCUCGCGAAGAGGCGGCCGCGCGGCCCUCCGCGCGGAGACGAGGGCGGGCCGCGACGCCAACGGCCUCAGCUCGACCUCACGAAGCCCAGGGCCGGAGCGGUCCGCGCGCGCGGGAGGGUGCCCGGCUGGCUGGCGUCCGGCGCAACGCCCGCCCCGCCUUGCCGCCGCCACCCGCCGCGCUGGAGCCGCUCUGGCACCCUCCGGACGAGAGGCCGCUGGAAAAGGCCGCGCCCAAGGGGCCCAGGUCGUUGCUCCCCCGUCCUCGCAAGGCUCACCACCCAGUCCGGCACCGCGCCCACGCCCAGGCUUCUGCAGAGCUGGUCGCAGAAGUGGCAGCAGUUCUGCCUUUGUGGUAG